AGUCGUCGUCCUUUUAUUCAAGUUUCGCGGCAACGCCUCUCUCUCUCUCUCUUCCUUCGUCUCCCAAAUAAUCUUUUUUUUUUUUUUUUUCACUUUUAAAAAACCUCUUUCGAAAUUUCUCACCGAUCUCUCCAAGAAGGUUCUCAAAAGCUUUUCUCUCAUCCAAGUUCUACUCCGUGUGAUUCAACGCAGAUUCUCGUUGAGCUGCGUUACUCGUGGAAUUGGAUUCGGGAUUUUGGUGGAAGGGAGCAGAGGAAUCAGAAUAUGGCGCCUAGGAGUGUGAACAAGCGCGUCGUCACCAAAGAAGCCUCCUCCUCUCCAGAAAUAGACAAAGUCAAGCAACGUAAGAAGAAGUUGACUGACAAGUUGGGACCUCAGUGGACGAAAGGUGAGCUUGAGCGUUUCUAUGAAGCCUAUCGGAAGCAUGGCAGAGACUGGAAAAAGGUAGCUGCUGCGGUGCGGAGUAACCGGUCUGCUGACAUGGUGGAAGCUCUUUUUUCUAUGAACCGGGCAUAUUUGUCCCUGCCCGAGGGAACUGCGUCUGUCGCUGGCCUCAUUGCAAUGAUGACUGACCAUUACAGCGUCAUAGAGGAGAGCGAAAGUGAAGGAGAAGGCCGCGUUGAUUCUGGAGUGUUGAGGAAAUAUCAGAAGCGCAAACGUGCUAAAGUUCCGCCUAGUGAUGUUCGAGAAGAAGUUAUCUCACCUCAUUCAAUUGCAUCGAUGGAAGGAUGCCUCUCAUUUUUGAAGCAGGCACAAGUUUAUGGAAGGGAGCGACGUGCCACUGGUAAACGUACACCUCGGUUUCUUGUACCAAGUGCAGAUCAGAGGGAUGAUACAGAAGGUUCAAUGCCACUAAAUAAAAGAGCCAAGAAACAACUUGAGGCUGAUGCUGAUGCUGAUGAUGAUAUACUAGCAUUAGCAUUGGCAAAUGCAUCGAGAAGGGUUGGAGGGUCUCCAAAUAGAAGACCAGGCAGCACGCCAAAUGUGAAAAUGUCACAAGCAAAGGAAGCUCAAUCCAAGCACCAUGCUAGCUCCAUGUCUAGGAAUGUGGUAAGAAUAAGCCGAGAUAGGAGGCACAUUAGGGGAUCUCCAGAUAGAGAUGGUGCCUUGUUGAUGGAUACAGAACGGGUUGGUAACGCCGAGGUUCCCCGGAAGGAGAAAAAUGUCAGAAUUGUAGAAGCAGAAGGAGAUACUUCUGAUGAUAGCGGAGAAGCAUGCAACGCCCCAAGAGAUGGAUUAGAAGCUCUGCAUGCAUUGGCUGACUUGUCAGCUUUACUGACUCCGGGUGGUUUGAUGGAAUCAGAAUCAUCUGCAGAGUUGAAAGAAGAAAGAGUAGCUAACACUCGGGAAACCGUAUCCAGUAGCCAUAACAGAGAAAAAGCAAAACAAGCAGGACGAGAAGACCAUAGUGUCCUACAUGUAAUUUCAGCUGCUGAUAGUAGAAAACCGAAGUCUGCGCAGGAACUCGUUGAUGGUAAUGCUGUUCCCAUAGGGGAACUUGACACUUCAAGAAGAAAACGUAAACCUCUACAUAAUAAGGAAUCGGCUGAAGAUGAUAAUUUGAAGACUCUGCUCAACCCCAGACGUGCUGGUCAAGGUCCAGUAAAGCAGCAGAAAACUGCAAAGACAUCGGAAGAAUCUUGUUCAACUAGUGAUAAGAAAAUAACAAGACCAAAUGAAGCAGUGUCAGCUACACGAGUUUCAGGUUCGGGUCCAGCGAGUUUACCCCAGAAACCACCAAACAGGCGUAAGAUUAGUUUGAAGAAAAGUUUACAAGAAAGAACUAAAUCUUCUGAAGCCACUCACAACAAGUCACACAGUAACGAAGCAGAACCACAUCAUGAACUACUAAAGGAGAAGGUUUCGACUUGUCUGUCACAUCCACUGGUACGUCGAAGGUGCAUAUUCGAAUGGUUCUAUAGUGCCAUCGACUAUCCGUGGUUUGCAAAGAUGGAGUUCGUUGAUUAUCUAAAUCAUGUGGGCCUUGGUCACGUUCCAAGACUUACUCGUCUUGAAUGGAGCGUCAUUAAAAGUUCUCUUGGCAGACCUCGGAGAUUCUCUGAGAGAUUCGUACAUGAAGAGCGGGAUAAACUCGAACAAUAUCGUGAAUCUGUGAGAAAGCAAUACACAGAGCUACGUGCAGGUGCUAGAGAAGUGAUUCAUACAGAUUUGGCCCAGCCUUUAUCAGUCGGGAAUAGAGUCAUUGCCAUCCAUCCAAAAACACGGGAGAUUCGUGAUGGGAAGAUUCUUACUGUGGAUCAUAACAAGUACAACGUUCUGUUUGAUGAAUUGGGCGUCGAAGUGGUUAUGGACAUUGAUUGCAUGCCUUUAAAUCCGUUAGAAUAUACUCCUGACGGCCUAAGGAGGCAAAUGGAUAACUGCUUGACUGUAUGCGGAGAAGCACAGGUUAGGAAACACCCAAGCUCUGAUGCAUCUGUUCUGUUCACUCCUUCCGAGCUUGAAAAUGUCGACUUUUCUAUGAGUCCUACUAAGAAAGAGGAUGAUAGAGACAGGCGAGUCACUACUGAUCAAACGUAUAACACAGACAAUAUCAAAGCAAGAAGAGAUGAAAUUCAACGAGCUCUGAUGCUGCAGCGUACUUCAGAUGCACAGGAAAUGGAGCCAGAAAUGGUUGGAAUUGUCAGUGGUUCAAGGUCAAUAGCACAAGCACUGGUGGAUGCAGCUAUGAAGGCUGCAUCUUCGGGGAAGGAUGACGAAGACGCAGGGAAGAUGCUACAACAAGCUUUAGACUCAAUCGGCGAACAUCAUCAGCCAUUAGAUAAUUCUAUAGUGUCUCGAAUGAAGCAUCAAGACCAAGCCAAUGGCAGCUGGGAUCAUCAUCAAAACCGGUCUCCCUCUAACACAGGAGAGGCGAUGACUGAAGGAUUGAUGGGAUCAGGAAAAAACGAAACGCAAAUGGCUUCGGAGCUUAUAAGCUCGUGUGUUGCAACUUGGCUCAUGAUUCAGAAGUGCACAGAGAAGCAGUACCCACCAGGGGACGUGGCUCAGGUGAUGGAGACAGCAGUGAGUAGCUUGCAGCCGCGGUGUCCGCAGAACAUGCCGAUCUACAGAGAAAUACAGACUUGCAUGGGAUGGAUCAAGAAUCAAAUCAUGGCUCUUGUCAAAACAUGAAUAUAACUUUUUUGAGUUCCUUACAUAAUUAACCGUGUAUCUUCAUUUGAAAAAAGGGUAGCAGAUUUUAUAGGUCAGUUUAGUUUAAGUUAGUUAAUAAAUGAACAGCUUCUUGAUUGGCUAUUUUUUUUGUCUUUCUCAGUUUUGUUCUCUUCUCUCCUUGGAGAAAGGAAAGAAAGAAAAACAUUUAUUGGGCCAGUUCAGGGCUUAAGAGCCUGUAAAUAAUAUUAUCAUAAUCAAACUGAAAGGCCCAACAUACUGUUGAAAGCCAUAAAAUUGAAAUUGAAACGGUGGCGGUGGUUCAGCUUUAUCUCUCUACUACUGGUUCUGUCUGAAUAAGUCCGACUCAGAAAGAGAAUCUCCGUCGAUAGUGUGUGUGAAUUUGGAACAUUUCAGAAGUGAGAUUUUCGAUUUCGGAUCUUUUGAAUCAGUGGGAGCUGUUAAGCAGCAGCAGCUCAAGUAAUGGCGGAUUUUUAGACAUCAACACAACGGUCCAAAGUGGAUUUUCACUCCCCAGAAGCUGGCAGAGAGAUAUAAAGCUGCUAAUCAGAGGGCAGUGCAAUUGCUGGAGAAGAUUCCUAUUUUCAGUGUGGAACAACUCAAGUUGAAGUAGAUGCCAGUGGAUUACUAACUUAUCCUAUUGAGAAAGGUGAUGCAGGAGAUCAACCUGAUAAGAAGCUUAAACCGUUGAGUGUUGAUGAAGAACGGUUCAUGAGAGCAUUUUAUGAGGCAAAUGUCCAAGAAAUGUGCAGUGCCUUUGAAUUUCCUCACAAGAUUCUGGCAACAGCCCUCCAAUACUUUAAAAGGUUUUAUCUGCAAUGGUCUGUUAUGCAACAUCAUCCAAAAGAAAUAAUGUUAACCUGCGUGUAUGCAGCAUGUAAAAUAGAGGAGAACCAUGUAUCUGCUGAGGAAAUAGGGAAAGGGAUUAAACAAGAUCACCACGUAAUUCUCAAAGUCUGGAAUUUGAUCUGAUUGUCUAUGCACCGUAUCGUGCAAUCGAAGGCUUUAUUGGUAACAUGGAGGAGUUUCUUCAAGCUAGAGAUGAUGAAAUCCAGAAGCUGGAGAGUUUGCUCAAAGCGGCAACAGGAGAGGCCGAUAAAGUUAUGCUCACAGAUGCUCCCUUAGCCUUUUUUGUUAUUAGUUUGCGUUGGCUGCUCUGCGUAUUGCAAAUGGGGUUCUCGGAGUGGUUGACUUUGAUAGGUACCUGGAGAGCAUUGUUUCUCAGCCGAACUCUGAGCACACGACUUCAGAGCUCACUAGAUUACUUGAUGACAUAGAAUCUUUGGUAAAGAGCUACAGAUAUCCAAGUGAAAAGGACAUGAAGCAUAUUAAUCGGAAGCUUAAAUCUUGUUUAGGACAUAGUUCUUCACAUGACGAGAGCAAGAAACGGGAGAAGAGAUCGAAGCACAAGUCACAUAGGAGCCCCAAUGAUGCACCAAAGGGAGCGCGCCGAUAGGUUGAGUUUCUCGUUUUGCCAUUAGCAAUUCUUUCUUGUCAUAUUGUUUUUGAUCUUACUGAAUGUGGACGUAUUAGAUAUUAGUUGACUUUGUUGUUUAUAUAUGAGUCGUUUAUAACUCAA